CAACAACACGUCAGAACCGGUCGCAAUAUGGACAAGAAGCGGCAGCCCGUGCAUGAAGGGUAUCUGCAAUGGCUGGCGGCAUCAGCAGGGGGUCUGCAGACGCAGUACUGCCAGUUGUCCUGGUCGUGCCAGCUGCGCAUGUAUCCAACCGAGACAGCGGCUGCCAGUGGCGUCGGAGGCCGGCCGUUUUCGAUCCGCGGGUUUUGCAAGUGGGAGGGUCGUGGGGUGUUGCCGUUGGACUCGUACGGCAUCGAACUGCAGCUCAAAGACAAGGGUCAGUCGUCCAUCUACUUGGCAGCAGAGAACCGGUUGGAUUUGGAACGAUGGUGUCGCGCGUUCGUGGCAGUGUUGGACCCGUCGUCCGACGCGGCCGACGAAAUCAAGCGCGAACGGCGCAAGGUCAAACGCGACAUUCGGAAACAAGCCGAGAAGGAGGCCGAGAUCAAAGCCCAAGAAGACGAGUUCAAGCGCCGGUGGAUCGCUCAGAAAAAGCAAGAGCUUCGGGACCGAGAGCUCGAGAUCGAGCAGAUGACGCCGCUGCAGCGCAAGGACGGAUUGGGCACGCUGGACGAAGAGACCGAGGCCCUACUUCGGGACCGGAAGAAGCGACUAAACAAGAAGGCCGGCCAGCAAGUCGGACGAGUGGGAAAGCAGGUCCUUCGGCGGCGCAUGGAGCUGCUCGGGGGCGGCAAGGUCGUCGUGCACCCCAACGACGCCACGUUUGGCGACAUCGCCGCGUCCGCCGUGGUCGGGCAGCGAAAAGCCAAAGUCAAAGUCGAGUUGCCACCCCCCGGUCAAUAUUUCACUGGUGACGAGAGUCUCCGUGGUCACCACGGAAGUACAAGUGGCGGUCGACAAAGCACAACCAGCUCGCAAGACUCUGCGACAUCUGCCGACGGCACGCCCUUCUACCCGCCGCCGCCGCCGCCAACCCUCCCGACCAGUCACGGAUCGUCCAUUCAAAGCCAAGAAGGAGCCCCCCUUCCUCCACCCCCACUAGCCCUAUCGACGAUGGGUCGAGGGCUUCCUAUCAACCCCAUGGCCGCAGCAUUAGACGCGAUCAAGCGGAACCGACGCUUCAGCGCCGCGUCGGACAGAGAUGCCACGACGAUGGGGAGUGGAGGAUUGCAAGAAGAUAUCAUGGAGGAGCCUUCCACAGGACGAUCCAAUCGAACGCGGGACUCGCAGUUGAGUGCCGAAGGCAAACGGAUGCUGGCAACUGCCCUCAGUCACCACAACAGCGCGACGGCAGCAAACAAGAAGUCGGCAAUUACCACCACCCACACCCCCUCUAUCGAUAGAAAAGGGCUGUUUGACAGCAGCAGCAGCAGUAGUAGCAGUAGUAGCGACGAUGACACGGACCAAGUUCCAUCGUCACUGUUGACGACGCCAGUCCCCGCGGAGCUGGCCGUCGUGUACUUGUCGGCGGCGGUCGAACUCCGCCAAGCCAAGUCCGUGGCUAUCUAUCGCUUUGCGUUUCGCCUGCUCGCGUACACGUCGACGCAGUGCGAGUUUGGCCGGAGCUACCACGAAUAUGAAGCCAUCCAUGGCCAACUCAAGCGCAGUGUCGUGAUGGAGGUGCCCUGGCCCAAUUUUCCAUCGAGACAUGUGCUGCGCAACCCCACCAAGCCCGACAACAUGCAGAAACGAGCGGCCGAGUUCCUCGCGUACUUUGAGGCGCUCGUGCAGAUCAAGGCUGUGGUGGCCCAUCCGGCGUUCCAUGCGGCGUUUCAAGUGCCGGCGGCGAUGGCGACGUGUCUGGUGCGGGGCACGGUGGUUGUAGAGCCACCUCCACCAGGUAUCCAAAUCAAGCAGGUGGCGGCUACAACUCGGAAGAGCCAGCACAAGCCGCGGCAUCUAGCAAAGCCGGGGGUGCCGAAACGAAACCUCUUUGAAGACGACGACGAGGACGAGGAGAACGAGGAAGCGUCCGUAGCGUCGUCGGUGGAGACGCCCGAACCGGUGAAGCGACCUGUGGCAGACCGAGUUGGAUCGGGCAGCCGGCGAUCGCUGGACGAACGACCUCACCGCGGUAUGGAAGACCGACCGCCGUCCUCGGCUAGGAAGGUAGCUCUAGGGACGACGGAUAGACCACCCAGCACCAAAGAGAUCCAAGCGGCGGGCAUGCCGCGUCCCAACUUGUUUGGAGGUGGCGGACGCGGCGACCUCUUGGCUGCGAUUCGAAAAGGCGCCCAAUUGAACAAAGUAGCGUCACCAGAGGACAACGACACUCGUUCCAACGUGUCUACCACAACUGCUACAACUAAUGCGCCUAUUCGCGCCCCACCACCGGCAAACAGCUUGCUCGCGGCUCUGCAGCAAGCCCCACCGCUUAAGAAGGCUGGUCCUCCACCCGCCACGAAAGUAGUGGCCGCACCAACCCCGCCGCUGGCUGCGCCAAGUAUCCACGACUCGAUCGCCAUCGCUAUGGCGUCGAGGCUAGUGCACACACAGUAUGGCCACAGUGACGACGACAGCGACGAUGAAUGGGACGACUAAGAAAUAAGGCAGUUACAAAACCGUCUUAUUUCCGGAUAAUCAUGUAUGUAGUAUCCGGUGGAUACGAGGCACGUUGUGUUGAUCC